AUGAAUUUCGGCGUAGACAAAGAUAGUUCAUUAAUUGAUACAUCAGUUUUACCAAAUGAUAUAUUUACACGUGUGGAUGAUGAUUUUUUUUCUAUUGUUAAAGCAUUAGCCGGUGAUUCAGUAUUCAAUAUUUUACGGAUACACCUAAUUAAUUCGGCAAGAAAACUGUUAUCUACACCUGAUGUAUUCGCAUUUUUUCAAAUUGAAUCUGAAGAAACAGAUAAAAUAAAAGCUGAAUCUUGUUUUAAAUCUAAAACUGGACAAUAUUUUGUUAAACCCGGUAUUCAAACCAGUUUAUCAUAUUUAAUCAAAUUAUUAAACCAGAAGCUAAAAGAAGAAUUAACACUAAAUGAAAAUAAUGAAACUCGAGAUACAUUUAUAUCUAACGAGUUUAUUGACAAGCAUCCGCUUUUAAAAUCUUUAAUUAGAUGGUAUCAACAAAAUGACUCGGAAAACAACAACAAAGCAAAUAGGUGUUUAACGAUGUUCAUCGAUAAUGUGGUAUUCAAUCUUACACAAUCUUCAAAUAAUUUUAGAUACACUGAAUCAAUUAAAAAAUUUGCCAUAUGCUUAUAUAUUUUCGGUGGUAAACAAUGCUAUGAGUUCGUUCGUUUAAAUAUGCCUGGUAAUAUACCGCAUUUGUCAACACUUGAUGGUUUAAUUAAUAAAUCGAAUAUGACUUUAACUGAAGCAGAAUUUAAAUUUGACUCACUUCAAAAGUUUCAAUCAGGUUUUGGAUUUUGUUCUGAAGAUACUACUGGUGUCAUUCCUAAAGUUGAAUACGAUUCGUCGACAAACUCAUUCAUUGGAUUUACAACACCAAUUGUUGAUGGUAUUCCAUUGAUGAAACAUUAUCAAGCUGAUACAUUUGAUGAUUUUAAAAUCAUUUAUAGUACCAAUGAAACAGCACCAUUAUUGAAUGUGCAUAUGUUCCAAAGUAUAUCAACAGAAGAUGAUCCAACAAAUUUUCCGAAACCAGUUUUACUCUCUGCUUAUGGUGUUGACAACAAAUUUACAGCUAUGGAUAUUUUACGACGAUGGAUGUAUAUUUUUGAACGUUGUUUAGAUAAAGAUGUUCGCAUUAUCGGAUUUUCUACAGGUAAAUUUUAUUUAUACAAUGCUCCUCUCAAAUGUAUCUUAAUUGUAAAUAGAUGCAGAUAA